UGAUUUUGCGUUUACAUUUUAAAUAUGAACUUUAGUGUAUUUUUAAGCUGCCAGCUAAACGCAGGCUACAAAAUAUGACCAAAAGAGAGCUGGGUCCUCAACGGACUGGGUCCUGAAAACUUUCUAUUGAAACUCCAUUAAAACAGUCGACCCCCCCUUAAAGUCAUUGUAUAAUAUGCACUCAGGGUGGGGUGAGAGGGAACACAUGGCAAAUAUCCGACCCAGGAGUGCGGUUAACAGUAGUUCUGACCGCUGACUUGAAAGUAAGUAAGAGGUCCCCUGUACUCGCAGCCGUUGGCUGGUUGUUUUCCGCCCUGUUGAUCUGUCCAAGCGCGCACGCCGAGCAGUGAUGCAGAGCCAUGUGCGCCAAUGUGUACCACCACACUUUGGAGGAGAGCAGCACUUGUUUUUGUUCCUCGUCUUCUCUAGAUUCUGUACACUGGGAAGUGUGUUUCAGAAAGAUGUCCCUUCAGUGAGGCGGUCUGUUGGCUUUUAUGUUUAAAGACUGAAAGUCAUCGUAUAAAUUUUGACUGUGGUUAAAUGGACAUAGAUUGAGAUUUUACUUGAUGGUGUUUAGAAGCUGCUUAUAGAUGAAAACAAGAGAAAAACAGCAAGUAAAUUAAUCCCAAACCGAGCCAGAGAGAGCAAAACCAGCUGAAACUGGACAGAAGAGGAAACAAGAGGCUGAAAGGAACAAGAGAGUGAGGGAGAGGAUGAAGAGAGGAAGCAUCUUGUCCAGCAGAAGUCUAGAGAUGAGUGGAAAAACUCUACAUACUGCGGCUGCUCCUGAUGGCAGAUGGGGCUGGGUGAUCGUGGCCGGAUGUUUCCUCACCACUGUUUGCACACGUGCAGUCACUAGGUGUGUUUCCAUCUUUUUUGUGGAAUUCCAGUCAUACUUUUCCAGAGAUUAUUCUGCAACUGCAUGGAUACACUCUCUGCUGGACUGCACCACAAUGUUGUGUGCUCCAUUGGGUAGUUACAUAGGGAACCGUCUCUCUUCUCGUAUAGCUAUCAUGAUUGGGGGCUUUUCCACCGCUGGCCUGCUGCUCAGCUCACUGGCUACCAGCGUGGAGUUCCUGUAUCUUACACUGGGCGUUCUUACAGGUGUGGGAUUUGCUCUUAGCUACACUCCUGCAAUUGCCAUGGUGGGUUCUUACUUCAACGAGAGAAAAGCGCUGGCUUACGGGAUCGCUAUGUCAGGCAGCGGCAUCGGAACCUUUAUUCUAGCACCCGCUGUCCAACUCCUCAUUGAGUUCUUCUCCUGGAGGGGUGCGCUGCUCAUUCUGGGAGGAUUGGUGUCCCACCUUUGUGUCUGUGGAGCCCUUAUGAGACCUUUGGAAGGCCAAAGUGGGAGGCAGAAAGAGAUGGACUUGGAGGGUGGCAAAAAAGUUGAUUUCCUAAAUGUGAUACUUGCUGAUGCAGGGCAUAAUGUGGAGGUGAGUGCACUGGAACAGAGAUCGGUGGAGGUAAAAAAUACGGAUAAGGAAAAGAGAGGGGAAAAUGAUUGCAUGGAGGCAGACGAGUCAGAGCACUCUGAUGCAAAGAAAACACACUCCGAUGUGGAAAUAAACCAUAAACAGGAUCUCUCAAAAGACUCAGAGUCUGUGAACAAAAGCACAGAUGAAUGGGACAAAGAAUCAAAGCCAAAGUGCUCUGAUGCAGAUAUCUCAGUCCCAGCUUUAGUUCAAUUGGGUGGCUUGCCUUUGGACUGUUUGCCCACCAACCAGGAGGACACAGCUCUCCCAGAAUCAAACACUAACCACAAUGCUUUUGCACAGGCAAAAGUGGCAAACACUAAAUUACUGAAGGAGUCCAGGGACAAUGCGUGGUCUAUCAUAAGGAAAACAGUAUUAAGAGAAUAUUCCUUUCUGUUGAUACCAGACUUCUUAUUAAUGUUGGUGUCCUUCCUGUUCCUUGCAUAUGGUUGCAGUGUGCCAUUUGUGUAUCUUGUGCCAUAUUCCUUGAGUGCAGGCGUCAGCCCUCAACAGGCAGCGUUACUCAUGUCCAUACUUGGAGUGUCAGGGAUUGUUGGUACUAUCACUUUUGGAUGGAUUGCAGAUAGAAAGUGUUUGAGGCCAUAUAGGGUGGUGAGUUACAUGCUGGCUGUGGGUUCGGAAGGGCUGAGUUGUCUCUUUCUACCUCUGCUGAAUGGUUUUUCCCUGCUCGUCCCCUUUUCUCUCAUCUAUGGCUACUUUGAUGGAGCUUAUGUGGCACUUAUUCCUGUGGUGACCUCUGACACCGUCAGCUCCACCCACUUGACCUCAGCUCUAGGAGUUGUUUACUUUCUUCACGCCAUCCCCUACCUCAUCAGCCCACCUAUUGGAGGUUGGCUAGUGGAUCAGACGGGCUCCUACACAGCUACAUUCUUCCUCAGCGGAGUCGCUCUGAUCUGCAGUGCUUUGAUUCUAGCUGCUGUGAGAGUUAUCAUCCGCUGCACUAGAGGGAGCUCUUGCUUAAACUGACUCACAUCCAGGUACACAGGAGAUUUCUAAAGCAGUAGAAAAGCAAUAUUGAAAGUAAAAAGAGCGUGUCAGAUCAAUUGACACGAAUACAAGCUCUUUCAUAGCAUUAAUAAUAAGGAAAUUACCAAAAGCUUGGCUCUAUUGCCGAAAUACAGGAUUUGUGUACCAUUUUGUUAAAAGCAUUUGUCGAAUCAAAGGGGACAUUUUAAAUUUCAUGAAUUUCAUCAAAUCCUCUAAAUAUUUUAACGAGUUUGCUACAAAGGAAACUUGUAUUUGAUACGUAUUUGUUAUUUUAAUGUGUCUCUCUCCGCUGAUAUCUGAUUGUCAGAGAAAUGAACAGAUGUGCUUUGCCUAAUAGUUACAUGUACUCUGCUUCACUCACAGCUCAGUGUUUUAUAAUGUACACUACCAUAUAGAGGUUUGAGGACUGUAAGAUUUUAAUGAAUUAAAAAAGGCUGUAUAAAAUAGAAUAAAAAGAAAUUAUCACAAAUAUUGACAUACUGUUACAUUUGAGAUUUUGAUAUAUUGUAAAAUGUAAGUUAUUCUUGUGAUUGAAUAAUUUGCUGAAUAAAAAAAAAAAAUAAUAGUGUAAAAUAAAGUGUUUACAGCCGCA